AUGAUAAUUCCAGUCAGAAUUGCUUUGGAUAAUUCGUCAAAGAAGGCACAUUCUGAUAUAGCACCAGGACCAAAGGAAGACUUUCUUCAAGACCGAUAUGCAAGUGAUAAUGUGAACAAACUUCUUGUUGGAAAUAAAUGUGAUCUCACAGCACAGAAGGUAGUUUCCACAGAGACAGCUCAGGCUUUUGCUGAUGAAAUUGGCAUACCUUUCAUGGAAACAAGUGCAAAAAGUGCCACUAAUGUAGAACAGGCUUUCAUGGCUAUGGUUGCUUCAAUCAAGAACAGAAUGGCAAGCCAACCGGCAAGAGCGGUUGCUGUUCAUCUUGAAAGGACGAAGCUCUGUUGCCUUGAUGAUGAUUCUGAUGUGGAGCUGUGGUGA